GCCUCGCGCCGCUCCGCAUCACAGCGGAACAAAAUGGCGGCCGUGGCCCGCGAGCCCGGAGCUGCUGCGGUUCCGACGGUGUCUCCCCCCGAACCCAGACCUCCGGACCCGGCCUGCUCCGGCCCGGGCCUCCCGCUGCUGCUGCCCGAGCCGCCCGGGCCUCGCCUCUGCGUCGCCUUCAGCGACAAGGACGAAGACAGGCGCCAUGUUACCGCGGCUCCCGUUAGCUCAGAGGCUAAUGCUAACGCCGAGCUCCAGAGCCACGACUCUGCCCCGUUCUCUCCCCGCGCAGAGCAGCCCGAACUCCCGCCGCUACUGCGAGACUCUGCCCCCGGGGCGGAGCAAGACCCGGUGCAAUCCGCCGUGUCCCCGCUGUCUCUACCCGCGGCCCCCGAGGCUCCGGAGGCUCCGGAGGCCGGACUAUCUCUGGGCCAACCCAACGGCCCGGACCGCGCCUGUACCGAGAGGACUAUGACCGGUAGCCCGAACCGGACCGAGCCCGCGGCCUCGCGCUUCACGGCGCUGCGGGAGCCCGGAGGGGACAGCGGGGAGAACCGCGGGCAGCAGGCCGCGAACAACGCUCAGGACCCCGCUCAGGACUCCGCGGAUCCCCCAGGGACAGAGUCCGGUCCGGAGCUGCGGCCCGGGACACAGGUGCGGGUCUCUCUGGAUCACGUGAUCGACGACGCGCUCGUGGUGUCUUUCCGCGUGGGACACAAGGUGUUCUCCGGUGUGCUCAUGGACCUCUCCCGCAGGUUCGGCCCGUAUGGAAUCCCCAUCACCACGUUUCCCACUCGAAGAGAGUCGUCGCGGCGCCACUUCCCGGCCCCGCCCCCUGCUGCAGAUACCGCGCCCCCUGCCACAGCUGAAGCCCCGCCUCCUGACCCCGCUCUGAUCCCGCUGUUCCACCAGGGGGCACCCUAUCCUCCUCCGCUGUUCCUCAGAGACACGUAUCACCAAAGCCUGCCUCAGCCCCCUCCUCGACGAAUCAAACGCUCCCGCCGUCGCUAUGGCAACAGCGAGGAGCCCACCUGCAUGUUAGUGCGGCUCCGCCCCCGACAAGUGCUGUGCGACAGAUGCAAGGGCGCAGCUGGCCCCAGACCCGCCCCCUCGACGCGCCGCCGCCCCAACCCCGAACCCCUGGACGAAAACCUGCCCACCGAAGUGAAACGUCUGCGCUGUGAUGAUUCCCGCCCCCCGCGGCCGCGUCGAGACGCGCCCAGAACGCCAGGGGGAGGAGCCACAGCCCCUAACCCCGCCCCCCGACGACCUCAGACCACCUCCAGCGCCGCCAACGCCAACCACACCAGAGACCCCCGCAACAGAGACAGAGAGCCCGCCCGCUCCGGCACCCUCAGGUCCGGCUCCGGUCUCAGGUCCGGCUCCGGUCUCAGGUCUAACCCAGCCUCCGGAGCCUCAGCUGGGACCAGGGUUCUGACCCGGAGGAUCUCUUCGGCUCUGUCUCCGCCCAGAAUCCGACUAAAGCCGCACAGGUACCGAACAGAACCAGAGCCCCCCCCUCCCCCCAAGACCAGACCCAGACCCGGACUAGACUCAGGACCUCAGCGGACCAACAAGAACCCCAAAGUCCAGACUAAGACCCCCAGCAGACUGCAGGGUAGGCUUCAGAGCAGACAGGAAGUUAGACCUGGGUCUAAACCAGGAACUAAACCACGGACUAAACCUGAGACCAGGACUGAGACCAGGACUGAGACCAGGACUGAGACCAGGACUGAGACCAGGACUGAGACCAGGACUGAGACCAGGACUGAACCCAAGACUGAGCGGAAGGACCCAAAUUCCAGACAGAAUCCAGAACCAGACCGAAAACAUGAAAUCAAAUCCCAGUGCAGACCAGAGUCAGCAAACAGGACUAAGACGCUGUUAGAUCAGGGCCCAGACCAGUCUCUGGAAGACCCCAAACGAGACCCUAAACCCGAACCCGAGUCUCGGCCCUGUUCGGAUCCAGACUCUAGACCGGCUCCCUCCCCGUCACGCAGCCGCCGCAAACAGGUCUUCCCCAGACCAACCCGGGACUUCGACCUGGACUUUAUCGGCUGGUGUGACCCGGAUCCAGACCAGACUCAACCAGGCCAGGACCGGUAUCGGACUAAAGCAGGACUAGAUCCAAAACCAGGGCUAGACCCAAAACCAGGACUAGACCCAAAACCAGAACCAAUAUUGAACCCAGCUGAGGCAAAGUCUGUGCGUGAGGAAAGGUCAGAAAAAGGGGCUCAGAUCAGAGAGACUGAACCAGACCAAGACCCGAGACCCAGACCUGGAUCAGAACCUGACCAAGACUCGAGACCUGGACCUGAAUCAGAACCUGACCAAGACCCGAGACCCAGCCCUGGAUCAGAACCUGACCAAGACCCUAGACCCAGGCCUGGAUCAGAACCAGACCAAGAGUCUGAGACAAACUUCAGUCUAGAUGCAGCAGUGAUGGAUGUGUCUAUGGACGGUUCACAGGUCCAGUCCAGGUCGAGUCCUGAUCCAGAGUCUGGCUGUAGUCCUGCUAAAUCCAACUGUAGUCAUCCAGAAUCCUGUUACAAUCUCGAGUCCUUAAAAUCGGAUCUUGAACCUGAAAACAGAGCCAUAACAGAUCUCGAGCCCGAGCCGAUGGACUUCUCCCCAGAAUCCAGGUCGAAGGACAGUUCAGACCCUAUAGUCCGGUCCCAGUCUAAGUCCCCAUCUCGGUCCCGGUCAAAGUCCCGGUCCCGGUCUAAAUCCCCGUCUCAGUCCCGGUCAAAGUCCCGGUCCCGGUCUAAAUCCCCGUCUCAGUCCCGGUCUCGGUCUGGCUCUGUGGUGGACUCCAGGCCCUCGUCUCCGGCCUCUUCCUCUGAGUCCAGGUCUCGGUCUAGAUCGGGGUCUCGGGCCUCUGAACGGUCCCAGCGCAGCACCCGGUCCAGCACAAAGUCCGUCUGUAAAACUGAGGGACCAGAACCUGAGGUCUCUGAGAAGAAACCAAAGCUAGUGGAGAGUCCAGGCCUUAAACCAGACCUUAAACCUGAGUCUAGACCAGACCCGAGACCAGACCCGAGACCCGAGUCUAGAGCGGCGCAGUCUCGCGCGGUGCCCAAGUGCGUGGGCGCAGACGGGCGCUGCGUUUGCGUUGGGGACAUCGUGUGGGCGAAGAUUGCCGGGUUCCCGUGGUGGCCGGCGCGCGUGCUGUCUCUGGCGGUGUGUCGCCGUGGAGACGUGAGUGGGGCUGUGAAACAGGAAGUGCGCGUGGCGUGGUUCGGCUCCAGGACCACGUCUGUUUUGCCGCUGAGUCUCACGUCUCCGUUUCUCGAGACGUUUCAGGCACGAUUCGACAGGAAACGCCGUGGGCCGUACCGCCGCGCCAUCGCCGAAGCCGCCAGCGCCGCCAAGCAGCUCACGCCCGAAGUGCGAGCGCUCAUCACGCAGUUUGAGACGUAGCAGCGACGCAAACACGCAACUGAAGCUAAACGCACUGAGCUCUGGGGAGAAGGAGAAACUAAAAUUUAAAAAAUAAUAAAAACAUAGGAGCAGCAGCCAUUUUGUGUGGCGCUCCUGUGGCCUCAUGGGAAACGGUGAGUGAGGACCUAAAGGCCUGGUUCAUCCUGGGAACUGUAGGCUGUAAACUGCUGUAAAUGACCUGGUUCUGGUCUGAGGCCUGAUUCUGGUAUGGUCCAGGUUUUCAGAAAGAUUUCUUGUGCCAUGUUUUAUCUCAGUUGAACUUUAUUUAGUGCCAAACUCGUCCACAGAUCUUGCUUAGUCCUGGUCUAGUCCUGGUCUGGAUCCAGUUUACUGUGACUCACUUUUCAGUUUACUUCUUAUUUUAUUUAAGUCGUCAAAAAGCGAAACAGAAAUAGAACAUUAGACCCACCCCUCCGCCCUGUCCUCCUUUGACCCGGUCCUCCUUUGACCCGGGUUAGGUCUAAGGACUGUUGAACUGUUGGACAGAGUUGGACUGCGGUUCUGGCUCGGUGUGGCCCAGUUUGGCCCCCGUUUAGCCCGGAUGUUCUCCCUCUGUUUGCAGAACAGAACUUGUGUAAAUGUUGAAACUGUUGUUAAAUAAAAUGUUGUGAAUCUU